AUGUAUGAAGAGGCUCAUAUAGCUCAGACAGUUGGUCCUCGACUUCAAAAGAUUUAUACUACACUGUGGAAGCUGCCUACUUUACCAAGAAUUCAACAAUUCUUAUGGAAAGAGGUCUUUAAUCUUAUCCCUACUAAGGAAGCUCUGGGUUAUGUUGUGGUUGGUGACAAUAACUUAUGUCCUUUAUGUGAUCAACAUACAGAGUCUGUAGAGCACUUCUUCAUGUCUUGUGCAGUUUCCGGACUAGUUUGGUUUGCAGUAGCUGGAUGGUCGGAUAAUUCCCAACUAAGUCUCACAGACUGGAUAUGUAGCUGGUUCGACAGUCUCCAUAAUAGACAUAUUACUAUACAAGAAGUAGUCAAGAGAUCCACUAUUGUUUGGUGCAUAUGGACUGCCAGAUGUGAUAAAGUUUUUCAAAAUAAAAACUUUAACCCAGAGACUACUAUCCAGAGAUGUAAGAGUGUGAUAAAAGAACAUGCUCAAAGGAAACCUAUUAUUCCUAGGAAUGAUUUUAAUAAAGCGGGGGGCAUUGGACUAUCAUCCGUAAUUAUGCAUGUGAACAACAAGGAGCAAGGAUUGUGGGAGGCAGUGAAAUGGGCAAAGGAGCCGAAGAUGGAAAAGGUGCAGUUCGAGCUUGAUGCAAACCUGGUAGUGGAAGCAGUUAAUAAGGAUAAUAGCUCUAUUGACGGGAGAUUACUGAACUACAUCAAAGACAUUAAGUUAUUUGUUUUUCAGUUUUUAGUUCUUGGAAAUGUUACUACGUUCCUAGAGAGAGAAAUAAAAUUGCACACAUCAUAUCCAAGAAAACUAGGAAGGAUGAGAUAA